AUGACGCAUCACCCCUACUACUUGCAUGAUAUGAAUCAUUCUGGUGACAUUAAAGCAGAUCAACUAAAAGAAUUGAUAUUAUCAUCAACACAAUUAAAUCUAUUUUCAGCAUUUCAAUAUACAAGAGCACAAUAUUUCUAUAUGGAUAGUAUUGAACAGAAAGCAGCAUUAGCUGAUGAUCGAAUCAAGAAACUGGAAUCUUUAAUCGAUAGUAUCGAAACACUGGAUCCGAAUGCUUAUAUUGAAGUAUUACAAGAAGAAAAUGAUCGACUAAAAAUUCGAAUACAGAAACUUCUUCAAGAAACAGUCACACUUGAACAACAACAAGGUGUUACACAAUAUUACGAUUUUAUUCACACACUACCAAAAACAAAUUUGAAUUCAACUCAUCAACAUAAAGAAAAAAUAGGAUCGGUAGUGGCGUCAUCAGAGACUGUCACCUCUUCAGAAACGAAAAAUGAACCAAAGCCGCUAAACACUUCAGUUUCAGCUACAAAUGAAAAUGUGUCCGAUGCAGGAAAGAAAUCGAAGAAAAAAGGAAAAGACGAAACCAAGAAAGAUCAAGAAAAAGCAAAAGUACCCGUUAAUACGGCCACUGACAUCACUCGUUUUGAUUUGCGAGUCGGAAAAAUAGUUUCUGUUGAAAAACAUCCUGAUGCUGAUUCGUUGUACGUUGAAACUAUUGAUAUAGGCGAAGAAAAGCCAAGAACGGUUUGUAGUGGGUUAGUUAAGCAUAUGUCACCAGAUGACCUUCAUCAAAAAUUAGUUAUUGUUUUAUGCAAUUUGAAGCCAGCAAAAAUGCGUGGCAUUUUUUCGGAAGCCAUGGUCAUGUGUGCUUCGACACCUGAUAAAGUAGAAUUAUUGGAACCUCCGUCAGCCAGCUCACCAGGUGAUCGAGUUGUUUGUGAAGGAUAUAACUGUUCAUCACCCGAUCAACAAAUAAAAAAAGAAUUAUGUGAUCUAAUAUUACCAGAAAUGAAGACAAAUACGAAUUUGGAAGCGACGUUUAAAAAUGUUGUAUGGCAAAUCGAGAAUGGAAAAGAAGAUCAUCAUUCAAAUCCUAAUAAUUUUGAAAGGAUAGAAGAUAUAUCGAAAGAAGAGCAACAAGCAAUACAACUUCGUCGAGCGAGAGAUGUUCAAAUCAGUAAGAAACUUGGAGGUUAUUUAUUGAAAGGCUAUUGUAUGUUGAACGAUUUAUGUGAACAAUGUGAUGUAAGUAUAAUUUUGAAUGAUGGAUUAUUUAAAGUAGUUAACGAUGUAUCAUCAAAUGAGACUGUUGCCGGACACAAUCAGUCGAGAGAACAGACAAAUUACAAUCACCAACGUGAAAAACCAAUAAGAAAAACGAAGAAAAUACGGAAUGCAGGUGCUGGUGGAGAUUUAACAGCGAAUAAUAAAAACAGUGGUGCCAUUUACUCAAAAAGAUUAGCUAUAAAAUUAAAAUGGGCAGUUGAUGAAUUAACAAAAUCAAACGAACCAAAUCGCAUAAUAUCAUUCUGUACAGCUAUUACGAAACUAACUGAAUCAAUAAUGGCUUUAAAACAAUUUGAAAUGUCAACCGAUGCAUUAUUAUCAAACUCCAUGGAAACUUCUUUUUACCAAAAUAAGUUACCAUAA